CGGACACCGAGAGAACAACCGGUAACCGGCGGGAAGUUACUUGCAUAAUGACGGAUGCUGUUAUCUGUUCUCCGCUUGGAAAAAUGGCGGAGGAUAUGAAUGUUCCAUGGAUAGCCUUCAUGGCAGCUCCACCGAAUGAUCUUGUUUGCUAUUUUGAAAUGGAUAAAAUUCAGAAGCUUUUCGCUAAUGCUAAAAGCGAAAAUGAUCAUAUAGAUGUUAUUCCUGGAUUAUCUUCUUUACCCUUUAAAGAUUUACCCCAUGAAAUACAUUUAAGCAAGCCAAGUAAUGAACUUGUGCCAUAUUUAUAUCGUAUGGCACAAAAACUACCACAAGCAAAAGCUCUUUUGUUGAAUACCUAUGAAGAACUAAACCCAAUUCCUCUCACAAAUUAUCUAAAAUUAAGAGUUAAGAACUUACUCUACAUUGGUUGCUCAACUUUAUCGAUUACACAGGAGAAUGAUGGUAGUUCUACUUCUACAGGUUGUUUAUUUUCAUGGCUCGAUAGACAAAAAGUUAGUUCUGUUGUCUAUAUAUCUUUUGGAACAGUUGUAGAAUUGGGUAGUGAAGAGUUAAUGGCACUAGCGGAAGCAAUUGAAUAUAGCGGUAAGCCAUUUCUCUGGUCUCUUAAAGACUGGCAAAAGAAAUCUUCCAGGAAGGGUUUCUUUGAAAGAAACCAAAGAGAAAGGAAUGGGGGUUUCUUGGGCAACCACAAAGAGGAGAUUCUGCCAACAUGGUUCAGUUUUGUGUGUUUGGUAAAAACCCAUGUGGAAAAAGCGAAGAAAAUGAGACAGGCUUGUAAUGAACUUAGACAAGUUUUGAUCCAAGCUGAUGGUCCUGAUGGUGUUGCUGCUAAGAAUCGAAAGACUCUGUCGCACUUAAUCAGUGGCUAA